UUAAGAAACAAAGACGGGCUGUUGAGCAGAGACUGAAAACAAUUAGCCAGGUCUUGGACUGGAGAGAGUCGAGGUCACAUUCUCAAAACUGCUUGGACACCUGCUUGAAAAAGUGGAUGCUUUACCACUACAGAAGACAAGGGUUGCCCUGCUGAAGAAUUGAAGGAGUUAAUCGCAGGAAAACUGUGUGUUCCAACUGCCAGAACAGAAAGAGAGCAGUUUGUGAACACAGACAGCAGCUCACCAUCAUCCCAGACACACUGGCUCUGCAGGGGAAAACAUGAAGGUGUUCUUCAGCAUUGUCCUGGUCUGUGCUGGGAUCACAGCAGGACGAUCUCUUCAAUGUUUCACGUGUUCAGCCUCCUCGGGCUCCUGCUCACUGAGAGAGAACACUUGCCUGAGUGGCAUCACCAACUGCCAGACUGUGUCAUCCCACACCAUCAUCGACAGUGGGACUAAGACACUCAGACACAUUGAACAACGCUGUGAGAAUCCCUCUGAAGAUGUUUCGUUGAGCACUGGAAGGGUGUUUAUCUCCCGGAGCAGCCGUCUCUGUGGCUCAGAUCGAUGUAAUGACCAGACAGUAGCAGAGCCUGCCAACACCACCCUGAAUGGACUGCAAUGUUUCGGAUGCUUCAGCCCAUCCAUGGCCUCCUGCCUGGCCAAUCGACAGACGGUGAAGUGUGUGGGUCUGGAGAAUCGCUGUGUGAAUGGAACAGGUCAACAGAGAUUGUUGUCAGAUAUUGGCCCAGAUGUUGUUUUUAAAGGAUGUGCUUCGGCGAAUCAGUGCGGAGGGCGGAUGGAUUUGCAAACGUUGGGUUUGUUGCUAAGCGACCUGUCCUGCUGUGAAGGCUCUUUGUGUAAUGGAGACACAGGGAUCACCACCACAGUGGAUCCAGGUAAAGGUGACACAGGCUCGGUGGGAGGGACCCAGUGACCGUCCCCCCUUCAGAUCCCCACUGUCCCCAGGCAAUAAUG